GCCUACUUUCUAAAAUAUUUAUCUGGCUAACGAUUGACACUAGAACGCGGUUUUAGAGAUAUUUUUUUUUUCUCUUUCUCUCUCGUUUUCAAGCAAGCCGUGCUUGUGUUACCGUUAGUCUCGAUAGCAGAAUAUUGAUUUAGGGUGUUUUUUUUUCACUACUUGGAAGUGAACUGCGUACAUGAGAUAGCAGGACUUGGUGAAACCGGCUGUGUUGUGAUGGGAUGUAUUUUUCUCUGAGCAGAGUGUUGACCGUCAAAACGAUGUCCAAGGGGUUGAGUGUCAAAGUCGGUGGGAUUGUGAUUGUGGUGUCUAUGUUCGUGCUGGGUUUGAUGUGGAAUUUAUCGAGACCAAAGCCGAGGGAGCUGUAUAACAAUCUGAUUGUGGAUACGGAUCAGGAGCAGCUUCGUUUCAUCAGGACCAACAGCUUUGUGGGCAAUCUCUCAAGCGUGAAUGUAGAGAACCUGACGUACGAACAACUGCUCACCACGUUUCACAGCUAUCCCGACAACACGCAAGUUUUAUGUCAGAGAAAGAUGCGGAUGGGAAAGAUCGGGGACGGGGGGUGGGAGAUCUGUGACGACCCAGAGGUUCGCCCCGUCCCACCCUGCAUCGUCUACUCCUUCGGAAUCAACUACGACUUCUCUUUUGACGACGACACGGCCAAGAGCUACGGGUGUCACGUGUACUCGUUUGACCCCAGCAUGGACGAAGCCCCGGAUGUGUAUGACAGGUCUAGUCACGUCCACUUCUACAAGAUCGGCAUCGACGGGCAGACGUACACGAACCAGAACAAGUGGAAGCUGCGCACCCUCGCGGAUAUCCGCCGGAUGCUGGGACACGAGAACAAGGUCAUCGACGUCAUCAAGAUGGACGUCGAGAGCUCCGAGUGGCCGGCCAUACCGGACAUGACGUCAUCGGGGGCCAUGCGCGACGUCCGGCAGUUUCUGGUGGAGUACCACAUUGUGAACAUCACCCAGGAGUCUUUGGUGACGAAGGUCAAGGCCAUGCAGAGUAUAGAGAAGGCCGGGUUUAAGAUUUUUUACACGCAUAAGAAUGAGUACAAUAGGAUUCUAGUCAAAGGGUUCCCAGCCGAGAGAACACAAUGUUAUGAAGUGCAUUAUAUUCGCAGAUAGUGUUUUUUUUUUAAUUUUUAUUUAAUUUAAAUAUUUAAUUUGUGGCAUUUUUUUUAAUGAACGAAGGGAAGUAAUCAGAAUAAUUCUUGUUUGUUUUCUAAAAUCGUUGGAUUCUGGCUGGAGUUAUCUACUAUGUUUUUUAUCUUAAUUAAGUAAAUUGAGAAUUAAACAGACAAGUCGCAUAUAAUAAUGAGCAAGAUCUUACAAGGGAAGCUACUCUGUUGGUCGAGACAAAAAUUAUGUAAUACUUUUAUAAAAAUCAUGAGAUAUUGCCUGAGCUUAAUUGGGCGCUUUGUAAGGGCUCAACCAAAGGCUGUUUUCUGUGUGUGUUUUUGUAUGCUAUAGUGUAGCUUAAGAAACGCAAAGGGAAAUAACUAGCAGUAUGUAGAUUUCUAUUUUUAUAUUAUUUUUAACAAAAUCUGCCUUCUUGUUUUUCUAAUUUUUUUUUUUACAAAAACUAAAUUUUAUAAUUCUUUCCGUGACAUUUAGCUGAUUUUUAACCUCUUGAAUCACCUUUGGUUUAUAACUAUACUAUUAGUGUACAGUUAAAAACUAGUUUUUAACGUGAGCAAUGUUUUAAUUUAAAAAAAAAAACCCUCAUUUCACAAUUGUAACAAGAAAGCCAUUUUGGUACGAAACUGCUUAUAAUCCCCAUCGUUUUUUUUCCUUUCUUUUGUUUUUCUUUUUUCCUUUUUUUCCCUCUUUUUUUUAAAAAAAGGAAAAAAAAAGUAAUCCCCAUCUUUUUGUUUGUUGUUAUACCACAGCUCAAUCAGACUUAAAUGUGAAAUACUCUAUUCUCUAAUCGACUCUAUUUUUUAAAAUACUUACCAUCAUGGUAAUACUUCAAGAUAAAAUACUCUGUUUCGCGUUUUGUUUUGUUUGCCACAAUGUGAUUUUAAGUUUAAUUAAAAAGAUCCGUCCAAACAUGUAAUCUCAUCAUGUAAGCAACCAUCCAUCUAACCAUCCGGCCAACCAUGUAACCAACCAUCCAUCUAACCAUCCGGCCAACCAUGUAACCAACCAUCCAUCUAACCACCCGACCAACCACCUGACCAACCACCUACUCAAAGCAUGCGCCCAUCGGUCAACCAUAAGUCCAACCAUUUCAAUAACCUCAAGUUAACACAGAAUUUGUCAUCUAACAUUUACUUGUGAGUUUCAGAUAAUCAUAAAACUUAAUUUAUUCUCACUACAAAUUUUGUUCUAAAUUUCUGUUCUAAAUUUCUGUUCUAAAUUUCUGUUCUAAAUCUUAGUACAACAUUAUUGUUAUUCUAAAUCUAAAGUUACCUUCUUAGCAGUGGUUAGCUUUAGUCUUAGGUUUAGUCUAAAUGUUAUAUUUGGGAUUAAUUUAAGAUUUACACAGUAUAAGGUCAGUUUUAGACCCUCGUUCACCUAGUCACAAUUUCUAAACUUCUCUUCGUCGUGUUCUCUAUUUCACGCUAACUUUCAAACAACUUUUAAUUCCUGUCACUCUCUCAUACUCUUUCUUACACUCCCUCGUUAUCUCCCCAUUAUCUUACGAGUAUUAUCUUUCUAUCGAUAACAAAAGUAAACAUAGAGUAUUAUCUCAAUGCUUAAGGUUGGCAUAGGCACGUAAUAAAAAUCCCUGUAAAGGGGUCGUCCAUAAAUGACGUCACACUCGUACGUGGGAGGGGGGGGUCAGUAAUUAUGUGAU